UUUCAAACCUUUUCUCUAUCUCAACACAGGGCGACAUAAUGCUACUACAAGUGGUAACACUCGUACUUCUCUGGACAGUUUGUGCCGCUAAUGAAGAUUCGACUCAAACGAGAGGAUCUGAGGCGCGAUACCACAUCCGAGGACCGAAGCACCAAGAGGCAGUUGUGGGAGGUGGUAGUUCUAUCACCUGUUCUGUAGCCAAUCCCGAGGAGGAUGACACCUUCAUGAUGGAGAUUAACGGCAACAGCUGGGAUGAGCUUGAGGGAGUCUGGACUGAGGCUGAAUUCUCAAAAGCUGUCUACGACUACGAAAAUGGAACAAUUGAAACUAGAAUUGAAGGGUUCGUGGAAUCGUUCACAAAGGAGCAUGAUAUGGCAGAUAUUAGAUGCUAUUCGCUAAAACACAAAGGAGAAGUGUCCAUGACCAUCAAACUACAAGACAGUUUGACUUUAACCGCAGAUGGGACGUGGUUCGAAUAUCCUUGGCAAGAUGUACCACUUGAAUUGUGGACAUCCUCUGUUGUAGGAAGUGAUGAUGAAAUACACUUUGAGGCCUUCGAAACCGGAAGCUCAGACGCUCAUAUAAUUACAAGAAUGGUCAUUCGGUUCAGCAGAAUCCCGAUCAUCUACGUAGGUAGAUGUAUUAGUGAUACCCCACUGGAAAACUUUCCUUACAGCAAUCAACAGGUCUGGAGAUUCGUUAAAAACGGAUAUCAGGAUCUUACAGUCUUCUGCAACGGAGUACAAGUGGCAUACCUCAACUUUCAUGAAGCUCCUGAUCCAGCUUGCAGUUACAAUUUGGGAGAAUUAGAAGCAAGAUACAUCAAGUUUAAUGCACGGUGGGAUCAUACAGAUAGAGUUACAGGAAUCUGCGAAGCGCCCCUGCCCUAUCAGGGUGUAGCCGCUGUCAGACAACCUCCCGUACUAAAUGGAGAAGAGAUCCCUCUUGCAUGUCCAGAAGGAAAAACACUGCACGGAACUGACCGUGUUAGAUGUUAUUCACCGGAAAUUCAUAGCGGGGAAACUUAUCAUUUUGAAGGAGGCAGGCCUGUGUGUUUUUCAGGUAUGACCAUACAAUGUACUAAUACACAUUGAACCUUUUUGAACACUUCAUGCGUGAUAGAAGUCCCAGCUUUUUG